AUGAAGGCUUAUGGGAAUAUUAUUAAUCUUAUUAAUGACCAGAAGUUAUGGCUUAAGAGGAGUUGUAGGGUUGCUAUGAGGAAUGAGACAAGUGGUGGGACUAAUGUGACAGGUUCUGGGAUUGGAGCAAGUACUGUGACGGGUUCUGGGACUAGAGCUACAACAAAACCUAAGGCAAGAAUUAGGAUUAAGGCAGGAUGGAGUAAUACUGAAGGUACUGGGAGUAAGUCAGCUCGUGUGAGGAAUAAUGCAACUACAAUGUGUAAUGGGUCUGCUGCUGAGACAAGUGCAACUGUUAUGAGGAGUGGGUCAACUGCUAUUAGCAAUGGAGUUCAUAUCCAUAUGAGAGCUUAG